AUCGCAGUUUCCUCGAGAUAUACCGCUGAACGUGCUGGGCAUGCGUCGGCAAAAGCUCUUGCAUGCAGUUUCGGGAAAAAACGUGCAUCCAGCGGAAAAUUAUUCCGAAUGAAGGAUAUUACCCGGCAACACUUGAGUCUGCUACCGCACGCCGUUUCCUUUUUUUGCCUCUUUUCUCCAUUUCAGCGCGUUUUCCACUCAUUUUCCUGGAUAGCUCCGAGUUCGCCGCCAGUGGACACGGCUCCGGCGGGUGUGCGGGUUGAGUAACUUGCCUAUGUCAUUUCUACAGAGCGGGACCGCGUUUCCAGACACUCCUUUCCGGACCACGGCCUCCACCGACGACACCGAGUUCACUUCGUGAUGGGAAUUCCGACAGCUUAGCACCGAGUGCUUCUCCGGGGGGGUGUUCUUUUUUGAUCAAGGCGAUGCGUUGCAGGUUUGUGUCAGAAGUUCCGGAAAUGCUCGCAGAGGAAAAACGAUGAAAUGCCUUCCUUUACACAUUUUAGUGCGCUGCAAGGAGCACUGGGAGGUUUAGGGCGUGCCCAGGUGGUUUUUUGUAGAAACGCGAAGAGCUCCUUCGCUAUCGCGCGGGUUUCUUCGUGUGCCACCAUUAUGGUCAGCAGCCAGCGACGCAAGGCUUCAGAUGCUCGUCCCAGUCCAUCCUCUCCGCAGAGUUUCUCCCCUGGCGCGUUCGCCUUUCCAUUUCCGUUAAGGCUUCCAGCAUGCUGCGAACAUUUCAGGCCGAGUUUCUCGGAUGCUUGCGCUGGGACGGCGAGACAAAACGGAUCUGCCAGCGCACGCUCCUCGGCUGCGGUCUCUGUUGUACAUACACCUUACGGGUGUGACAUCCGACGGUUCGGCUUUUCGAUACUUCACCGAGACUUCCGUGGAAGACUAAGAUUUUUCGCCUGUGACACGAAGUGCGCGACUCAGUGGCCGCUGCCACGAGACCCCCGCGAGAUGCACUUCACGAGUGCGUACUCCCUGAGGGUACGUGCGGUCCACAUUUUCCCUCCCAAGCCUUUUCGACGGAACACUCAACAUUCCGACUCAGUGGAACUUGCUCGACCUCCUCCCCAUUUACCGACCCCGAACGCGCUGAUUUCUCCGCACCGUCUAGGUCUGCCGCCGUCAGCGUCGUCUGCGGCCGAUAGCCGUUCUGUUCUAGCUGACGAGUUUGAUGCUGCCGUCUCAGCUAAGGGGGAAACGGGACAGAGGCAGGAUGUUGUUGUCUCAGAGGGCGACACCAGAGGGAAAAUCGAAGCGGUGUACAAGCGGGUUUUGAAGAUGCACAACACACGACGGUGGUUCCACCACCAAAUCUGGACAGCAAUGACGCAGCGAAACUGGACCUUCGUCGACGCUCUUUUCACGCAGUUCCUGCAAUGUGGAUUCUACUACGACGAGGUCACGUACACUUUGAAACUAUUUUAUUUUCUUCUGUCUCACCGCACUCCGUCCGAAAAUGCCAUGCUCGUUUUGGAGGAAAUGAAGGUGGCAAAAAUGCACCCAGCUAUCGUCCGCAUGAACGAGGGUCUUCUUCUCUCAUACUUCGAGCUCGGCGAAAUUUUUUGUCUUCCACCUGCCGCUGUGUGCCAAAAUCUUUGCCGCGUUACGUGGCAGGCUGCCGUCAAGCUUCAGCGCCAGCGCAAGCAUCGGCUGAAGCGGUACCUGGAAGCGUUGCCGCCAAAUGUUCUCUUGAGUCUUACCCAGACGGACGUGGCAAAGUUGCUUUCCAAGAAUGAAGAAGAACUGCUGCUCCUGCCUGCCUCCUGUGGGCCAGUGGGGGAGGUAGACCUGCUUCUCGAAUGCAGCGACGAAGAAGACGAGGAGCAUGUGGAGAUCGACGACUUCGGUGCUCUACCAGGUUUGUACGAAGCAGGUCAAAGUCUGCUUCCUUCCUUUUCAGUGGGACCGGCAAGUUUCCGGCCUAGUCCGAUUUUCCAACAAGGCGGGGACGAUCGUCACCCCGCGGGUCAUGGGCAAAUCAAGGAAUCACCAUCUUCUAUUCUAAGUGCUUCCCCCCUUUCUUGUGACCACACAGUGUCUUCUGAGUCCGAGCACCGUGGCUGUGGCAGACGGAAGCGAGGCCGAAAUAGGCAGAUACCUACUUGACACGUUCAGCAGGAACUGUCUGGGACUGACGGCUGCAUCCAUUCAUGUGCAGACCCGUUUCGUUUUAAGCGUUGGCAUCCACAUCCCUUCUAUGUCAGCCUUGCGGCUGUAGAAGCGCCUGAUUCGGAGGCGAAAGCGAAUUCGUCUCCUCACAGAAGCGGGAUGGCUCCAGUGCAGCUCCCGACUACACCAUGGUGGUUUGCGAGAAAACAAACGAAGAAUGCUGCUAUGUGCAACGUUGGCGGAUGAAUUCAUGGAAUGUGGAUGACGUCCGUAUUUCCGGAUUAAACUGAUAGAAUUCACUCGUCUGCGUCGGUGAGUAUGGCAGUCCCCGUGUAUCUGUGUAACCUUCAGAUGAUGUUAGCUUGGACCCCCCAGCCAGCAACCCUAGCCGCGGUAUUACGACAAAG